AUUUCCCAGUCUGAAAUGUUAGGAGCGUCCUUCUCUUCCUUUCAGAUCCAUGAGACAAUAGAAACUAUCAAUCAGCUGAAGACCCAGCGGGAGUUCAUGCUGAGCUUCGCCAGAGACCCUCAGGGUUUCAUCAAUGAUUGGCUACAGUCCCAGUGCCGGGACCUCAAGACCAUGACCGAUGUGGUGGGUAACCCAGAGGAAGAGCGCCGAGCUGAGUUUUACUUCCAGCCUUGGGCUCAGGAGGCUGUGUGCCGAUACUUCUACUCCAAGGUGCAGCAGAGACGACAAGAAUUAGAGCAAGCCUUGGGAAUCCGAAAUACAUAGGGCCUCUUCCACAGCCCUGAUUUGGCUGCACCGAUUCGUAUUUGGGCCCUGUGCUGCCUGCCUCAUAGCACCUGCCUUGGUCUUGCUUGGGGCCUUCCAGGGGAUGCUGUUGGUUCAAGGACAACACCAGAAUGAAGAGGGUCUCGCAUUUCUGUCCCACAAGACACCUGUCACCCUCUUCUCCCACCCCAUCCCUUCCUGUCCCCCAGCUUCCCUUUGCCCCACAAAGUUCCCAUGUGCCUCUACCCUCCCCUGGUCUACAUAGGACCUCUAGAUAGUAUUAGAGAGAGAACCUGUAGUGGUAAUCAGUGCAUUGAAUGGAUUGGGCCUAAGGCCAGGUGGUCUUCAAGGGGACCGGCUACACUGAUCCUGCCCUUCAGAGACCCAGGAGUUGGGAGCUUUAGCCCCUUCUCUGAGACUCAGGCCUGGGGGCACUCUAUAAGCUAGUUGAUCUUGGCUCUCUGGAUAACAGAAUCCAAUUUCCUUCCUUCCCUCCACAGGUUUGGAGCACACUCUCCCUUUACUUGUUGCCCUCUAGCACUAAAGGAACCCUGGUUCUUGUGCCCCACUGAGCCCCAGGUCAGUCCGCAGCCCUCUGGAUUGGCCUGCUGUCUCAGUGCUUCUCUUACUCCCUCGUAGGGGGUCCACAUCAGUAUUGGAGUUUGUUAACUAGUGCUCCCUCCCAGCACACUCCCUGUAGCUGCUGUCUUUAGGAUCCCCUGCUCUCGAGCUGUCCUAACGCAGGGCAUUUGGGUGGGGGAAUCUUGCCUUUCUCUGUCAGAGCCCCAGGGAUCUAACCUGGGGUUUUGUCAUUGCCAGCAGAGGCCGUUCCUUCCUGCUGUUGCUUGGAGGUGUGACUCAUUUAUUCACUCCAUCCUGCCUCCCCAUCCCUUCAUAGAGAAACAGGCCUCAAAUCAAACGGGUAAAAGCCCUGGGCCAUCCCUGUCUUCCUGUCCCUUGUCUGCCCAGUUGACACCCACUGGUGACUUCUAGGGCACUGAGGAGUGAAAGCGCCUAGGGCUGGCGAAUAGCUCUGAGUUGGGUUUGUGACUCUUCCCUCUCCCGGCCUCACAGGAUUGUGACUCCCCAGCCCCUGCCCUCAAAGCUUCAGACCCCCUCAGGUAGCAGCAGGACCUUGUGAUCUUGGCCCCUUGGAACUGAGAUGGUUUUGCAUCUCUCCAGGAGAGCCUCAGAUUCUUCUUCCAGGUUGUAUCACCCCAAGUUAGCAUAUCCCAGGCUCGCAGACUCAACAUAGCAGGGUGGGAGACAGCUGGGCACAGAGGGGAAUUCUGUUCAGCCUGGGCUCUAAACCCACAGAACUGACAAAAGCCCCUGCUUCCCCACCCCCUCCUCAGGCUCCUGCGAGCACAUCCUCCAGCCCCAUAUCCCUGCCUCUUCCACACCGGGGACAGAAUUUUCUCCCCAUCUUCCCGUUCCUCCCAUUAUCCCAUCCCUCCCUUAAAAGGUUCUCCCCACAGACACUGGACAACCUCUGUCCUUGGGGCUGGGACCAUGAGAAGGAAGUUCAGCACUCCUACAUAGUGUCCCUGUUGAAGAUAACUGUUUUUAUUAACUGAAUUAUUAUGUUUUUUUCAUGGACCAAAAUUUUUUUUGUACUGUCCCCUUACCGAUGUCACCCGGUUUUAAUAAAAGAAUCUUCUGAAG